AGACUACCUGUAUGAAUUUUGUUAAGGAUUAAAUUAGAUUUGUUAAUUGAAUUUAUUAUGAACAUAAAAUUUUAAAUUACUUUGCUAUAAUUGAUUGGAAAACAUGGUACAGCUUCCAUUAAUAAAAGGAUAAUCCAGGGUAUCAAGGCUUCAGAUGGUCUAUUUACUGCAUAUUUUGAGCUACAGGUACACAUCUGAAAUUAAUCUAUUUUAGAUUUUAUUUGACCCUCUAUAGCAAUUAUUGUAUUAUGAAUUUCAAACCUAUUUGUGUGUGUGUGUGUGCGCGUGUGUUUUUCCCCUCAAAUUUGGGUUAAAGAUAUCAGAUUUUGAAUUAGCAGAAUGACUUCCUUCCUAACUGUCACACCGCCCUAUUGCCACAAUUGGCAGGAUAUUAGAGUACCAAAGUUCAAAACCUUUUUCUUUUCCUCUUUUUCAAUCAAUGUUGAGCCCAACUAUUAGAUUAAAAUCGAGUUUCUUCACCAAUUGUGGAUGAGAAGACUGAUGUGUUUCCAUUUGAAGUCAUGCAGGAAACCAGUUGAUAGCUGUCUCCAAAGCUUACAGAGUUGGGUAACCACUUUAUAGGCAGCAGUCACAUAUCCAAGCUUCAUUGCUACAGAAGAAGCUAAAGGGUAAGCCACUUCUGUUUUACUUUAAAGUUUAAACUCAUUUCAUAUUCACUGAUGCACAUCAUUAAUAUUAUCUAAGAUUUCACACACAUGCCUACUUAUAAAAUAAUUCACUCCAGGUUAGCUAUGUGUCUAACCAUCGAGUCUGUUGUUAUAAUUCACACAAGGUUAGAACUGUGCCUAAAAAUGUUUGCCUUUUAAUUGUUGUCCCUGGUGCCUGUGGUGAUUUAGCCAAAAUGAAAAUUUUUCCUGCCUCUUUAAUCUAUUUUGAACUGAAAUGGGACUAAUCAGUUUCCCACUGAGUUCUUGAAUUCUCAGGAUAAUCAAUUAUUGAUGUUGUGAAUUAGCCUUCUUGCAUCUAGCAAAGUUUAAUAUAUAACUUUGCAUGUGCCUGUGAAAAGCCAUAAUUGAUGGAUGAGUGUGCUGAUUCAGAUUUGCAAUGGUAUGCCAUACAUAUGUAGGGAUUUUGGGUUAGAUUAUAAGAAUGCCACCAAAAUUAACAUUUCAUCUGCAAGAUUAGGUUUGACUAAUUCUUUCUCUCUAAAGAAUUCAAUUCAAACUCAUUAAUUGGAAUUUAAAAGUUCAUAUAGACUAUUCAAUUUGUAAUAUAUUGAGUUAUGAAAGAGGAAGUAUAUGGUCCUUACAUAUUUGAAGGACCUCCUGGUGUGGAAAAUAGAACCAUGAUCUGGGCUAUGCUUUAAGAAGUUUUUGCUUCUGACACAAUUCAGGUAUAUUGUGUAUUUUUAUUUCAAAUCCAUCAGUAAUUGCG